UUUACGCACCAACCACAGAGGGAGAAGCUUGACACUCUCUCCAGCAACACAAGACUGAUUUUCCCCUUUACUUUCACUUUGGACUUGUUAACGACACCUUCUCGUGUGUUCCUACCUGAUUAGAACCUCCUCGCAGGAGCAGUGAGGUUCUGGAUGACUCGUGCGACCUUCUCGGGUCAUGAAACUGAAAUCAUGAUCCCGCCUGCCAACUCGGUCCAGGAUGAGAGUAGUGGGGGGAAAGAGGACGAGCAGAACGAGACUCCCAAAUCCCCCAGCAACAUUUCCAACCAGGAGACCAAGAAUACUGUGAGGCCCGAACACCCCAAACGGAAGCUCCAAAAGCUCAAGCGUUCCUUGUCCUUCAAGACCAAGAGCGUCCGCAGCAAGAGCGCCGACAACUUCUUCCGGAGUAGCGGCGACAACAAGAUGGAGCUCCUCUCCGACGUGAGCGGCAGCACGGGCCACCUGUACAACAUUGGCAUGGCGCCGCCGCACGUCACCACCGGCCCGCCUAUCCCGCCCGUGCCCCCUGCCAUUCCCUGCGCUCCACCGCCCACGUCACGCUCGCAGGCGCGCAACCCCCUGCAGGUGGACUCGGCCGGGCACUGCUUCAUGGAACACAUCUUCAAGAAGCCCACCUUCUGCGACGUUUGCAACCACAUGAUCGUAGGUACCACAGCCAAGCACGUGGUGUUCCUGGCGGGCAACACGGCCAAGCACGGCCUGCGCUGCAAAGCCUGCAAGAUGAGCCUCCACCACAAGUGCGAGAACGGCGUUGGACAGCAGCGCUGCAUGGGCAAACUGCCAAAAGGCUUCCGGCGGUACUACAGCUCGCCGUUACUGAUCCAGGAACAGUACGGCUGCAUCAAAGAAGUCAUGCCCAUCGCUUGUGGCAAUAAAGUGGACCCCGUCUAUGAGGCCCUCAGGUUUGGGACGUCAUUGGCUCAAAAGGCCAAGCGGGCCAGUGGCUCGGAAUCUCCACAGAGGAACUCGACCAACGACUUGGAUAAUGUUCCAGAGGAAGCGGUGGCUCACAGCAGCAGACAGGCACUGUCAAGAAAACACAGCGAUGAUGUUUUCACGGUUCUUGAGAACGGGGCUGAGCACUACCACCAUCAGCCAGACAGAACACCCCACAAUUCUGAGCUGGAAGACAGCCAGCUUCACGAAGAUGCAGUCCAGCUCAACACCUACGUGGCCUUGUACAGUUUUACUGCUCAGGAGAGCCAUGAUCUGGACAUGAGCCUGUUCCUCCAUCCAAGUCAUUUUUAUGUGGAAUCCAACAUCUAUGGGACGACCCUGCUGAAAUCCACGGUAAACUGACCAUGGCUGAACAAGGUGGACAACCGGCAGCCCCGUCAUAAAGGGACCACUGAGAGCAUCCUCACCAACUGCAUCACUGUGUGGUAUGGAGCAUGCAUCACAUCCUGCCACAAGACUCUCCAUCACAUAGUGAGGGCAGCUGAGAAGAUCAUCGAAACCUCUCUUCCCUCCCUGCAGGACAUUUACAGCACCUGCCUCACCCGCAAAGCCCUCCGCAUAGUGGGGGAUGCAACCCAUCCAUCACACAGCCUCUUCAGUCUGCUUCCAUCAGGGAGGAGACUGCGCAGUCUGUAAGCCAGGACUAGUUGACUCAAAGACAGCUUUAUUCAUCAGGCUGUCAAGAAUCUGAACUCUUUGCCCCCACUACCUCUUCUGUUCUCUGCCCACCUGAACUCUGACGCCCCACAUACAUGCACAUGCACAUGCAAACACAUGCUCACACAUGCUCACAAACACCCACACACACGCACACACACGCACACACACACACACACACGCAUGUGCGCGCACGCACACACACCAGACUGAGGGUUGCAGGGUUGGGGUUUUGUCAUCUUAUUUGCCUUGGUUCUCUGACCUUGACUAUGUUGCACACGUCACCUGAUCUUUGAUAUUUGAACAUUCAAUUAAUACUUUUUAUACUGUAUAUACCAUAGUUUUUAGCUUUUUAGCUUUUGUAGCACCGCAGACCCUUGAAUACUGUAAUUUCAACCCUUUGUAUGUGUUACGCAUAUUGAAGAA